GAAUAAACGAAAAAUAUUCAGGGAAACGAGACGACAUACAGUUACAGAGACGAGCACUGCUCUCAAGCUCCGGGAAUUCACCUUUCAAUAUUAACCUUCCACUCAACAUAGUCAGAGAACAGCUGCAUUAUCGUAUUUUAUUGUAUCUAAGAAUCUUAUCUUGUAAAAAUCGCGCCAACAGGCUAUACCCAUCAUCAUCUUCAUACCGACUAAAAAAUCUGAAUCGAAUCGGCAAGCCAAAAGAAGUUCCACCAACCAUGGCCGACGACAUGAACGCCGUCCGCGCAUUUGUUAAGGCAACAUCUCUAAGAGCAUCUACAUCCAUCAUACGUCCAAACAAAUAAACAUCUUUUCUACGUGAACAAGAGUCAUUUCGCUCCCAGGAUGAAGAACUUUGAUUUAGAGUACGAUCGAGAGGAAGACAAUACUUAUAGAUUUAGGUGUGCCUAUAUGCACUUCAUCACCCACAAUUAUCUUUUAUCCUUCUUGAACCUGAACGGCGUUCAGUGAACCCUCGAGAACGUUCUAGCUCUAACGAUACUGUCCGCAUCCUCGACCGUCGCGCAGCACUCCUUCUCUUAAGAGGACUUCAGACAUUUUUUCCAUUUCAUAUUUGAGCGCUGCAUUUGGCAAAGUUGAAAAAGAAACGUGUCAAAUAUGCGUGGAUGAAUUUUCGUAGCCUCUAACUCUGGGACUUCUCUUGUCGGCUUUGCUCCGGGACUUCUCUCGUCGGCUUUUACUUUAUUCUUUGCACCACGUGAUAGCGGUCGAUUUCGUAUCUCCGGCUCUGGAAUCGUGCUCGCGCGCCAAGGAAGCUGCUGUGUGGCUAGUUACUGGAGGAGUGCUAUCCUUAAGACUCGCAAGAGAAACAGACAGAAUACGAAUGAGAAUGUGAAUAAAAAAAAUAACUCACAGAAAACAUUUUCCUCUUUCUUGUCCCGGAAAACACGUGGUCAACGAUGCUUAAUGAAGAGAAGAGUAUACUUCUACUUCAUCUCAGGAAAUAUGUCCCUUGUCCCACUUUUCUCUGAGGGACAGAUGAUUGAAAGAAAAACGUCAACAAAGACGCUUUUCUUUCAGAAGGCAUAAAUAUACCUAUACUUCUUAGCGUUAGAACUUACUUGUUAGGUAAGAGCGGUAGGGUCUAAUAUAUGCUUUUUUCACGAAUCUGGGUGCAGCAGCGGCUCCGAUUGCGCGGAUGUUGUUGCUCUUAGACGUGUUGUACGAUGCCACGUUCAACAAUGUCGAUGCUGAAGCUGAAUUGCAAGACAAUGCUCGAGCUGAUUUGCAAGACAAUGCUCAAGCUUAUUUGCAACACAUGCGAAGGGAAUUCGGACACCCCCGCCUAGCGCGCGCGGUAUUGUCAUUCUAGACGUUUAUUGCAUUUGCUUCUCGUUGGUACUUCUACUUUCUUUCAUCUGUAUUUGAGUUCUUGGCUCUGCUUUCCCUUUCAGGUGUCACUUACAUAUUUCUCAUUUUCUUUUUAGUCUUAGCAUUAGCCAACCAGCUUUGACUCUGACUGGUACUGGUUUCUUUCUUGAUAUAACCAUCCAGCGUCCUGCCUCAGCCUCCACCUAUACCUAAUCUAGUUCAGGAGAUCUUGAUCUAUCUCCAACAUCUUGUCCAACGUGAAAUAACUUCUACUUCGUGUUCCUUCGUUUAUUUUCAUGGUCAGGAAGAGGCUCUGAACUACAUCCACACCGACGUUAGAGACGAGCUUCUACUUCGUUUUUCAUGACCAGGAGCAGGUGGAGUGUUUACAACACUUGCACGCUGCCGGCAACAAAACUUCUUCGGCAGCGUGCCAAUGUAUAAAUAUGUAAAGGCUAAGUAAUUGAUUUCAAUUCUUCUAUACCCCAUGAUCGGGUAAACUACUAUUUCUACUAGGAGGAGGAGCGGCGUGUGAAGCGUGGUCUCAGGAAGACGGUCGAACAGAUGGAGGAGGAAACAGGACGCAUUGUUUGCCGCAAAUGGCUAAGAAUGGGACACUGCCUAGAGGGCUGCAAAUGUAAAAACUGGCAUCCGAAAGAAGAGGACUGCUAUCCCAUGAUGCUGCCCCUUCCGGUCGAUCCGACUCGUGCUCCACAAGUGUUACGAUUUUGCUUAUUAAUUAGAACUCUACCACAGGCGCAGUCAUUGUGUUAUCUUCUUCAUUGUCAUAUUUUAAAGAACUAUUAUGAAAUGCAUAGAAGGCACAAGGAAGUGGAUGCGUCAGCUGUAGCGGCAAUAGACUCCGUUAGUGGUCUUCUCUACAGUUCCACUCCGUCUAGAAAUAUAGACUUUGAAAAGUCCCAGGUAUAUCUCAUUAUUAUAAAAUGCAUGAUGAUGGCAAUGUUGUAACUACCACGUUGUCCUCGUCCUCCGUGAUCGGUUUCUAAUGUAUCCGUUGCGGUUCCGCUGA